CGGAAUUGCUAAGAAUUUUGGUUCCUUUUUACUGACGACGUAGCUGUAGGUACAGUUUGUGAUACAGUUAUAAAACCAGUAUUAAAUUUACACUAAAUAAAUAUGGAUCAAAUCACAAAAUUCGUUGAACCUGGCAAACAAUUUGCUAAAGAUUCUAUUAGAUUAGUUAAAAGAUGUACUAAACCAGACAGGCGAGAGUUCCAAAAAAUCGCCAUUGCUACUGCCAUUGGAUUCUGCAUCAUGGGUUUUAUAGGAUUCUUUGUAAAAUUGAUUCACAUCCCAAUUAACAACAUCAUUGUGGGUUCAUAAUUAUAAAUUCAACAUGUUUAUUUAUAUGUCAUUCACAUGUUCAUCCCUAUGUUUUAUUAGGUACAAAUUUAAAUUAUAUAGACAUAGAUUUCAUAUUUAUCACUGAAAUGUUUUUUUUUUCCAUAAAAUAAAAUCUGUUUUGUAAAUAUUUUUUUGUUGCAAAACCUUAUUUCCAAUGGUUGCCUUCUGGUAUCUUUAUUUUAUUAGGGUAAAAAGUUUUGGAUCAAAAUGUAGACAUAUCCAACGAAAUUACAUUUUUACAGAAUUAAAUAUUUUGUAACAAUUUUGCAGGAUUGCAGUUAUAUGUAGAAAUAUUGAAAUUCAGGAAUAGGG